AUGGCGACACUGCAGGGUAAGGCGGAGAAGUCGUUGGAGAUAGUGCCUAGCUCUGGGGUUGGCGGCAUCGAAGCAUCACAGGAUUUGGUCAAUGCAUCAGGACACACUCAAGAACUCGAGCGCAACUUUAGCUUGCUCUCUCUGGCCGGCGUAGGACUUGUUGUCGGAAACGUCUGGCCUGCUGUAGGAGGUAGCAUUCUCGUCGCUCUAUACAAUGGAGGACCACCUGGAGUCUUGUACGAGUUCAUCACAGUCUCUGUAUUCUACUGGAUUGUCGCCCUGUGUAUUGCCGAGCUCGCCUCAGCCAUCCCGUCGUCUGCCGGUGUAUACCACUGGGCGUCCGUCACCCCGGGGCUCAAAUGGGGUAGAUUAAUAGGUUACUUUGCAGGCUGGUGGAACUACCUUGCCUGGGUGUUUGGCGGAGCGUCCAUGUCCUCCAUCAUUGGAAGCACCAUUGUCCAGAUGUACGCACUGAAUCACCCAGACUUUGUGGCCGAGAGCUGGCACGUCUUCAUUGUGUACAUCAUUGUCACUUGGAUCGCCUGCCUCUCUGUUUGCUUCUUCAACCGCGCCAUGCCUCACCUGAACAACAUUGGCAUCUUUUUCAUUCUCACGGGAUUUCUCAUCACUAUAGUUGUUCUAGCCGUCAUGCCGGGUCGUGGCGGCCGGGCUUCACACGCGACGAAUAGUUUUGUAUGGACCGAAUGGUCGGCCGAUCUCGGGUAUCCCACCGGCUUUGUCUUUGUGACAGGAAUGCUCAACGGCGCAUUCUCGGUCGGCGUUCCUGACGUUGUCUCUCAUCUUGCCGAGGAGAUCCCCAAUCCUUCCAGGAACGUCCCAAUUGCGAUUGGUCUCCAAAUGGGCAUUGGCUUCAUCACUGGUCUCGCGUAUCUUAUUGCCAUCAUGUACGCAAUCAACGACUUUGACGCCCUCUUUGAGGUUGCGUAUCCCAUAGCCGAGAUCUAUCGGCAAGGUACGGGAUCGGCAGCUGCGGCCACUGGUUUACUCUUCCUGGUGCUAGUAUGUAUCUGCAUCUGCCUCGUCGGAUUAUACAUCACGGCGGGAAGGACUCUGUGGACUUUGGCCAGGGACAAGGCCACCCCCUUCGCCCGUCACCUGUCCAAAGUCCACCCUACCCUUCAUGUGCCCAUCCACUCCACUGUCCUCACUGCCGUGCUAGUCACCAUACUCGGGUGCAUCUACGUUGGGAGCACGACGGCCUUUAAUGCCUUUGCCGGAAGUUUCGUGCUCAUGUCGUCCUCGUCGUACAUUGCAGCCAUCCUCCCACACCUCCUCACGGGCCGCAAGAAUAUUACGUAUGGUACUUUUCAUCUGAAUCGAGGCAGCCCGCUGCUGGGCUACGUGCUCAACACGGUGGCGUGCGGCUACAUGAUUGUAUGGUUCGUCAUUUACUGCUUCCCGCCAUCUCUGCCCGUCGACGCAGCCACCAUGAACUACGCGUCGCUGCUCUGGGGUGGCUCGACUGUUUUUCUCACGGUCUGGUGGCUGCUCGGAGCCCGCAAAGGAUACGAAGGCCCCAAAGCUACCGGCGGGACGACGCAGGUGGACAUGUCGAAAGAUUUGGCACAUGUCGUUCCGGAACCUUAG